AUGGAUAAAUUCACAGCGGAAUUUUCCACUUCAUUCCAGUCGAUGGUUCUUCAACAGGCGACCAGCGGGGCGGAACCCCAGGUGGCGGUGCUAUGCGAAGCUGGCGCCACCUACCACCCUCAAUACAUGUCCGCAGCUGGACGAUGGACACCUGAUCUUACCACUAAGCCCCACAACUGCCUCAAGGACAAGAUGGAAAUUCUGGACUACUGCAAGAAGGUGUACCCCAGCCACGACAUCACCAACAUCGUCGAAGCCUCGCACUAUGUUAAAGUCAGCAACUGGUGCAAACUCGGUUCUGGGAAUGCUGCUAAGUGCAAGGUCACUCGCUGGGUGAAGCCUUUCCGCUGUCUUGAAGGCCCAUUCCAAUCGGACGCGCUGCUCGUGCCCGAGAGCUGCCUCUUCGACCACAUCCACAACCAGAGCCGGUGCUGGCAGUUCGCCCGUUGGAACGCGACCGCCGGGCGCGCGUGCGCCCAACGCGGCCUGAGGCUCCGGACCUUCGCCAUGCUCCUGCCGUGCGGAAUCAGCCUGUUCUCCGGCGUCGAGUUCGUCUGCUGCCCCAAACAUUUCAAGGAAAACGUUAAGAUGCACAAGCCCAUGGAUGUAGGUGUGCCAGUAAGUCCCGGCGGUGAGGAAAUGCUUGCUGCCUCCGCUGCUAUGGAUGAACGAGAUGAUGAGUUACUGGAUGACGAGGAUGGACUGGGUGAUGACGAUGAUGACAGCCUCAAUCUCAGCGACGACGACGACGACGAUGAUGCCGAUGACGACAUGGACGAGGAAGAGGACGCGGAUUUGUCCCGUGACGAUGCUGAAGACGACGACUACACCGACGGCGAUGACAGCGCCUGGCCCCGCCCCGACACUUCCCCACCACCGUCGACCACCAGCACCACCACCACCACGACCACCUCCACCACCGCGGCUUCGACUGCCACCUCGGACCCCUACUUCUCGCACUUCGACCCUCGCACUGAGCACCAGAGCUACAAGGAUGCCCAACAACGUCUGGAGGAAACUCACCGCGAAAAGAUCACGAAGGUGAUGAAGGAGUGGUCGGAACUCGAGGAGCGCUACCAGCAGAUGAUGAGCUCGGACCCAGCCGCCGCACAGACCUUCCGCCAACGCAUGACCGCCAAGUUCCAAGCCAACAUACAGUCCCUGGAGGAGGAAGGAGUGGCCGAACGCCGCCGCCUCGCCGCGCUGCACCAGCAACGUGUGUUAGCGCACCUCGCCCAGCGCCGACGCACCGCCCUCGCUUGCUACACCCGUUCCCUGCGGGACACUCCCCCCAAUAUACAAGACAUCGCUUGCUACACCCGUUCCCUGCGGGACACUCCCCCCAAUGCCCAUCGAGUCCAGAAGUGCUUGCAGCGGCUGGUGCGGGCGCUUGCAGCAGAACGGAGCGGGGCCUUGGCCGCGUGGCGCCGCGCUGCAGCCGCUGGAAGGGAAGCCGCCGCCGCCGAACGCGCUUCUGCUGCCGAUCGCCUUCAGGACGCUGACCGCGCUCUGCAACGUGCUCUGUCCUCCCUCCGCCGCCGCCCUCACCUCUACGCUAGCAUUGGAACCGCCAUUGAAGACUACGUCCAGUCGAUGCAGUCGAAGGACGACAUGGCCGUGUCCCUGAUGUCGAUGACCCCCGAGGCCGAGGAACUGCUGCUGGACCGCAUCGAGGCCGAGGUGCAGAGGGAGCAGGCGGCCCGGGACCAGCUCAGCGUGAAGCGCGACCAGCGCACCCGCCAGCGCCAGGACAUCCAGAACGAACGGGCCAAGACUCUGAGCGCCGUGAAGGAGAGCGACGAGAUAGACGACGAGGCGAACGAGGUGAACGAGACGGAAGAGGCGACCACCGCGGCCUCCACCCGCAGCCCCGCGCCCGCCGCCCCCGCCUCGCCCGCCUCCUCCGCCUCCCCAGCCACCCCCCGCGAGUCCACCACCCGCAUGGCGUACACCCAGGAGACAACCACCACUGAAUUCCUGACGAGCACGGUGACCGACUUGCCCGAAAUUGAGACCGAAACCGGCGAAAUCGACGAGACCUCCAGCCGACGAACCACUAGCGAGACGGAGGGUGAAGGCCUGCGAGCGGCUCUAGAGCAGGCCGAGGAACGCGCUCCACCGCCACCGGCGCACGUGCUCAAGCAUGAGAUGCAACACGCGCAGCCUGGCUACACCGUCCGCGGGCCCGCUAGCGGCGGCGGCUCCGGCGCCUUGUACCCGGCCCUGUGCGUGGGCGGGGCCGCCCUGGCCGCCGCCGCCGCCGUCGCCCUGGCGGUGGCCCGCCGCCGCGACCGCGCCCCCGCCGCCCAGGGCUUCGUGCAGGUGGAGCAAACUGGCGCCGUGGCCCCCACUCCUGAGGAGCGACACGUGGCCAACAUGCAGAUCAAUGGCUACGAGAAUCCCACCUACAAAUACUUCGAAGUCAAGGAG